AUGAAUAUAAGUUUUGUUUUGUAAAAUGGAUAAGGGGAUCUAUAAGGUGAAAAAUUGAGGUGAGAGAAUUAGUGGCACUAAGUGCCGGUGUUGUGUGAAAUUGGAGCUUCUCUUUUUUUCUUUUAAAUAAUAAUUUUGCUUUUUUGAUCUAUAAAAGCCCAUUUUGCAUUUUGCAUUGUCACCCACAAACUCACAAUUCACAUAACAUAUAGUUUUGUUUGUGUGCUUUGUUGUGUGUGUCAUAAAAUGGAGGACCAAAAUGUUAAUGGUAAAUUAAGCAAUGGAUUAUUAUUUCGCAAGUUGAAACCAUAUCUUGCUAUUUUGUCCCUUCAAUUUGGUUACUCGGGGAUGUACAUCAUUACUAUGGUUUCUUUUAAACAUGGUAUGAGUCAUUGGAUUCUCUCCGUGUACCGUCAUGUUGUUGCCGCAAUCAUAAUAACACCUUUCGCCCUUGUUCUCGAAAGAAAAAUAAGGCCAAAGAUGACUCUCCCCAUCUUCUUGAGGAUAGUGGCACUAGGUUUCCUUGAGCCAGUGCUAGAUCAAAAUUUGUACAACAUGGGAAUGAAGAUGACUUCAACAACGUUUGCAUCUGCCACAGUUAAUGUUCUUCCAGCCAUUACUUUUAUAAUGGCACUCACUUUCAGGUUGGAGUCAGUGAAUUGGAAAAAAUUUCAUAGCGUAGCCAAAGUAAUUGGAACGGUUAUAACCGUUUCAGGAGCUAUGGUUAUGACUUUAUACAAAGGCCCCGCGUUUCAGAUCAUAAAGGGAGGGGGAGCCAUUGACCACCACGGAGGUGCUGCCAAUGACGAACCAUCUGACCAAAAUUGGGUGAUGGGCACAGUAAUGCUCAUAUCAAGUUGUUGCAGUUGGGCUGGAUUCUUUAUUUUGCAAUCAUUCACUUUGAAGAAGUACCCAGCAGAGCUAUCACUCACAGCUUGGAUAUGCUUGAUGGGUAUUAUUGAGGGUUCAAUUGCAUCACUUAUAUUUGAAAGGGACAUGAGUGUGUGGAUCAUAGGUUGGGACUCAAGGCUUCUUGCUUGUGUUUAUUCUGGUGUGAUAUGCUCUGGAAUGGCAUAUUAUGUACAAGGAGUUGUAACUAGGGAACGUGGACCAGUAUUUGUGACUUCUUUUAGUCCACUAUGUAUGAUUAUCACUGCUGCAUUAGGUUCUCUUGUCUUGGCUGAACAAGUUCAUCUUGGAAGUAUAUUUGGAGCUAUUCUGAUUGUAACUGGACUUUACACUGUGGUGUGGGGAAAAAGCAAAGAUCGUCGUGAAAGCACAAAAGAAAUAGGGAAAGGUGAAGAACAAGAUCAAUUGCCAAUAAAGAAUGGAACAAAAUCAGAAUCAAACAUUUUGGAUGUAAUUGAGAUUAAUGUUCCAGCUGAAAAAUUGAAAAAAGGGGCAGCAAAAAAUGUUCCAACAUAAGCAUGAUCAUGAAGAUCUAAUAAUUAUAGUUUAUAUAUCAAUCAAUUUUACCUAUCUGCUAGAGGUUAUGAAAGAUUUUCUGCGGUGUGAAAAUCUUUUUUAAUUUACCUUCCUAAGUAGCUUUACUUUUAUUUUGUUACCUUAACUUUUUUAUGUGUUUCUGAAAGUAUAAUGUUGUUAAUCAAAUAAUGCAAUAUAAUGCCUUUGUCUCUC